CGGCCCUCUCAUCCCGUUUUCUAGUUUCUCUCUCGUAUUUGGCAUUAUCGACACUGAACCUAGAGACCAUGGCCGAUUCCCCGUCGCAGACGCCGGCCUCCGCCGAAUCCGAAGAAGGGGUGGACAGGUCGGAGUACUGGUGCUAUAACUGUAACAAGCGCGUGGCUGUCGAAACCCUAGCCAAUCUGCCAGACGUUAUCUGCCACGAGUGCAAGAAUGGUUUCGUCGAGUCAAUCCCAGCCACCUCACCUCCUCCGUCGGCUCCGCCUUCUAUAACAUCCGAUCAGGCGGACGAUCCUUCAUUUGGUUCGCAGUUCCUUCAGGUGCUCCGGUUAAUUGCGCAGGCGGCGCAGGAUGAGGAUGCACCGCCACCACCGCCUCAGGAUCAUAAUCCUGGAGACGAUUUUCUCAGAAUUGAGCUUGAUGGAUGGGACAAUGACGAGGAUGAAGACUAUUUCGAUGGCGAUGAUGCGAACGAGAACGAGAACCAAGAAAACAGAGGCGAAGGGGAAGACAACAGAGGAAGAGAAAUGAAUGAGGUAUCUGAUGAAGAAAAUGAAGAGAACAGAGACGAAGAUGAGGAAGAUCCGAGGCGUAGGCGUCAAGAUGUCCUCCGUCUCCGACUCCGUGAUUUAGCGACCCGUCCAAGGACCGGGCGCAACCGGAUCCUUGAUUGGGCCGAGAUCCUGAUGGGACUGGAGGAUAAUUCAAUCGAGUUUCGAUUUGAAGUUCCAGAAUCAGACCGCUAUGUCGGAAAUCCGGAGGACUACGUGGAUGCAGCUGGAUAUGAGGCCUUGCUGCAGAACCUGGCGGAGAGCGAUGGAGGGAGGAGAGGGGCUCCACCGGCCUCCAAAUCUGCUAUCUCAGGGCUGCCAAAGGUGAAGAUCCUAUUGGAGGAGGAGGUUAUGCUCUGUGCUAUAUGUAAGGAUAUGGUUAAUGUUGGUGACACGGCGACGAAGUUGCCGUGUGGACAUGGGUAUCAUGCUGAUUGCAUUGUGCCGUGGCUGGGUUCCAGGAAUUCUUGCCCCGUCUGUAGGUUUGAGCUGCCAACCGAUGAUGCUGAGUACGAGGAAGAGAGGAAGAAGAAGUUUACCCCCAGGGUUGGCGGAGCUUCAGGUUCAGGUGGAGAUAGUUCUGGUUCCAGUUAAUUCCUCAUGGGCUCAACACCAAUGAAUUGCACAUUCAGACGUGCAAAGAAGUCAAGUUACAGGAUGUCUGGCGCUUGUUGUUGUAAUGCUAAUUCGACAUGGAAUAAUGUUUGUAUAUAACCUAAGAAUCUUUUUUUCUUUUUUCUUUUUUUUUUCUACUUCACACCCCUCCUCUUUUCUUCUCUCCCCCCUCAUCUUCAAAACCCCAACUUUUUUGCUGUUUAACUUGAAGUAUGGCAUGGAAAGCAACCAGGGGCAAGCAUAGCCUUUGUUGGUGUGGAUAAUCAAAAUUGUCCCGAAUUGCUUAUUGAAAUUGUACCUGGAUGAGUUACUUUGCAUGCAGAUUGUGACACCACACCGCUUAAAUUGAGUAGUAGCAGACUUGGCUGUUGAGCAUUUCUGAA